ACAACCCUGACAUAAUCUGGUGUAGUUGAUGGUGUCCAGUCUAAAAUUUAAAAGUGAUACUGUCAGAAAAAUAUUUCAGUAUUUUUUUGGACACAACCUAGUUCUAUCGUGAUCUUUAAACCUACAAUAAAACUACAAUGUCUCUUGACCAGGAAUUCCAGCAGGUGUCCGAGUCGGUGAGGAACUGGAAGCCGAAGCCAUCGGACAGCGAGAACCUCGCUCUCUACUCGCUGUACAAGCAGGCGACCGUCGGUGACGUCAACAUUCCCGCGCCCAGCGGUCUCGUGGAAGGUGCGAAGUUCAAGGCGUGGACAGGACGCAAGGGUAUCUCACAAGAGGAUGCCAAGAAGCAAUAUAUUGAUUUGGCCAAGCAGCUACAGUCUAAAUACGGCUGAGUUACUUUUGUUUAAUUUAAUUUUAGUGUUAUCUAUAGUGCACUCUCGUUUUGAUCAAUAUUAGGUAUUAAUAAUUAAGUAUGUAUAGUUUUUAUGAAUUUGUUUUUUAUUUUUUGGUUCAUUAAAUAUAAAAUAAAAUCUUUUUAUUUAAUUAAAA